UGUUCUUUCUUCCUAUAUCCUAUAUAUAUAAUACAGUAUUUAUUUUUUUCCAUUAUACCUCAAUUAAAUUUUUUUCAUCCGAUCUAUUCCGAUGGCCGGAGUUGCCCUUCUUCAACCACAAGAUGUUCUCAAACAUCAUGUAAGCUAUCGUCAACCUAUGAGAUCUCGACGGAAUUCCACUUCUAACCCUCUACCUAAUCCUAACCCUAACCCUAACCCUAAGAAUAACCGAAGAAAGCGAAGUCCACAAAAAAAUGGAUCUGCUAACUUUUCAACUUGUCCUCCUAGUGCUAAAAAUCUCCAUCUGGUGAUGGGAGAGGUGAAAAUUCUAAAGCGUGGUCAAGUGUUGAAGGAAAACAAGCUUGUCACUGGUGAAGAUCUGGUGUUGUCCACUACAGAUCGGCUGGGUCCAGAGCCGGAUAUGGUGCCUAAGAACAUAACGAUUGCUCAUUUCUAUGCUGGAUCGGGUUUCUCCUCCUCCUCGCCGCCACCGAGCUCUUUGCCUGUGCCGGCUUUCUUCAAGAAGGAAAGUGAACAUAACCUCCACGCUACAAGCGACUUGAGGCGUCUUCUCAGGAUCGAUCUGGCCGACUAGUUGAACAGUUAUGGGAUGUUUCAAUGAUGACGACGACGACGAUAGAGUCUUAAGUUUGUGUUUUGCUCCCGGCUCGUGAAAGCUUCCCUUAUUUUUUCAAGGGGAAGGACGAGUUGGUCAAGCAAUUUAUCAUAUUUCCUUAUUUAGGUCCUUUAAUUUACCUUUAAUUAUAGCAGAAAAGUAGAUCUAGUUAGGCUGUUGUUUUGGGCUGUAUAGUCUAGUCAUAAGUUUGGGUUUUUUCGUUUUAAUCGCCUGCUAUAGUAUUGUAGCGUCAGUUGGUCUAGUUUCAGUCGGCUAGUGGUUUAGAGCCAUUAGCAUAUCCUUCUGUAAUUUAUGUCUCUUCGAUUUUAUAUGUAGCUUCAGCAGUAAUUAGAAAUAUUAGUA